CCCAGGUUUUCAUCCUCACAUCUGAAUUAUUGCAUGACAGUCUCUCAGGUUAUUGAGUUGCUCAGCUAUAUUAAGACUUCAGCAAACAUUCAUGGAGCAUUACUACGUGCCAAGCCUGUGCCAAGCUUGAGGAUCAGGCUGACUACAUCCUGUCCCUGCCCUCAAGGGCUUUCCAGGGAAAUGGCUGUAGAGAUGUCUGAAACAGGUAGCUACAACAGGACACGGAAAGGGCAUUGAUGGGGAGAUGUGCAGGGACCUGGGGAGGGCCAGGUGACAGCAGGCUGUUCCUUCCCGCUGGUCUUCAGGCCUUCGGGUUUGCUCCUGUCACAGGCAUUCAGUGUUCUAUGUGUCCACUGGUCCAGAUCCUUUAGUCACGUUCCAGCGCCGAGAUUUCAGCUUGGGAUUCAGUGUUCUCUGCUAUCUGGCUCCUGCAUCUCACUGUUCCACAGGAUGACCUUCUCUGGCAUUUGCAGCUGUCUCCCAGGUGGUGCAGGUAUUUCUCACACAGCUUCCUGUGAUAUAGUCAAAGAAUCAUAGUAGUAACCACUGUACUACUCAUUGUCUGUCUCUGGCCCUCUGCUAAGCACUUUAUUGUGUUAUUUUAUGUCAUCUUCAUAACUCAUCACGGUAGGUAUCAUCUUCCUUAUUUUUUAAGAUGAAGACACCAAGGUGUAGAAAGGUCAAAUAACUUGCCUAAAUCAUACAGCUAGAAUAAGGCUGAGUAGAACUCGGCCCCUGGUCAAGCCCAGAGUCAUCCUACUCCUCCCUUGCCGUUCUACUGAGAUGAUAGGAAGAAAAGAGCAGAGGUUAGCUGUUAGUGAUUUUUUUUUUUGAGACAGAGUUUCACUCUUGUUGCCCAGGCUAGAGUGCAAAGGCGCCAUCUUGGCUCACUGCAAACUCUGCCUCCUGGAUUCAAGUGAUUCUCCUGCCUCAGCCUCCCAAGUAGCUGGGAUUACAGGCAUGCACCACCACGCCAGACUAAUUUUGUAUUUUUAGUAGAGAUGGGUUUCACCAUGUUGGUCAGGCUGGUCUCGAACUCCUGACCUCAGGUGAUCCACCUGCCUCAGCCUCCCAAAGUGCUGGGAUUAUAGGCGUGAGCCACUGCACCCAGCUUAGGGGUUAGUGAUUUUGUCCCUUCCUUCAUGCUGCUCCCGUACCUGAAAUACUUACUUUCUCCUCCAACAGUGUAUGAAAACUGAGAGACAAAUGCCUUCCCCUUUCCAUCCCUUGAGAGACAGUUCGGAAUCUCCUUAGAUGGUCCUUCGGGUCAGGCAUCUGUCUCCCAUAGUGGUGGUCAACCCAAGAAUGCUCUCUUGAACUGUGUUCCUUUUUUUUAAAGAUGAAGUUUCGCUUUUGUUGCCCAGCUGGAGUGCAAUGGCACCAUCUCGGCUUACCACAAUCUCCGCCUCCUGGGUUCAAGUGAUCCUCCUGCCUCAGCCUCCCAAGUAGCUGGGAUUACAGGCAUGUGCCAUCAUGCCCGGCUAAUUUUUUAUUUUUAGUAGAGACGGGGUUUCUCCAUGUUUGUCAGGCUGGUCUCGACCUCAGGUGAUCCGCCCGCCUUGGCCUCCCAAAGUGCUGGGAUUACAGGUAUGAGCCACCACGCCCAGCCAUGUUCCUUCUUUUUUCUGUUUGACUUCUCCUGUCCCUCAUUUCUGCUCUCUGGAAUUUCAUUCCCACAUAAGCUACCUAUAUGCAAACUGUUAUAUUAAGGGUCUGCUCCUAGGGGAAUGUGGGCUAUGCCAGGUGACAUUCAAUGCUAUGAGACUAAAUGAGAUCUGCAACAGCGUGAGAUAAGGAACAGAUCCAAGGACUGAACCCUGCGACCCCCCAACAUUUGUUUUGUUUUUGGAGACAGGGUCUUGCGCUGUUGCCCAGGCUGGAGUGCAAAGGCGUGAUUACAGGUCACUGCAGCCUUGACCUCCUGGGCUCCUCCCUGUCUCAGCCUUCUGAAUGGCUGGGACUGUGGGCAAGUGCCACUAUGUCUGGUUCUCUGUAACAUUUAGAGAUGAAGGAGAUGUGGAGAACCUAGCAAAGGGGACCUUGAUGGAAUAGUCAAGAGAGUAUAGCUUUCCGCCUCGGACCCGACAGAAUGGCUCCCGCAAAGAAGGGUGGCGAGAAGAAAAAGGGCCGUUCUGCCAUCAAAGAGGUGGUGACCCGAGAAUACACCAUCAGUAUUCACAAGCACAUCCAUGGAGUGGGCUUCAAGAAGCAUGCCCCUCGGGCAGUCAAAGAGAUUCGGAAGUUUGUUAUGAAGGAGAUGGGAACUCCAGAUGGGCACAUUGAUACCAGGCUCAACAAAACUGUCUGGGCCAAAGGAAUAAGGAAUGUCCCAUACCGAAUCCAUGUGCGGUUGUCCAGAAAACGUAAUGAGGAUGAAGAUUCACCAAAUAAGCUCUAUGCUUUGGUUGCCUAUGUACCUGUUACCACUUUCAAAAAUCUACAGACAGUCAAUGUGGAUGAGAACUAAUUGCUGAUCGUCAAAUACAUCAAUUAACUUUAAAAAUUGCAAAAAAAAAAAAAAAAAGGGAGUAUAGUGUCUUGGAAGCCAAGGGGCAAAAAAAUUUCUCAAGGAAGAAGAAAUACUCAGCUGAACAGUCAAGGAAGAUAAAGAUUAAGUGAUGACCCUUACAUUUAACCACACUGGAGGGGACUGACAAUCUUAACAAAGAGCAGCUUGGGUGGAGUCAUGGAGUGACUCAAAUGGGUUCAAGGGAGAACAGAAAGGGGCCAGGCACAGUGUUCACACCUGUAAUCCCAAUACUUUGGGAGGCCGAGGCGGGCGAAUCAUGACGUCAGGAGUUCCAGAUCAGCCUGGCCAACAUGGGGAAACCCCAUCUUUACUAAAAAUACAAAAGUUAGCCAGGCAUGGUGGUACAUGUCUGUAAUCCCAGCUACUCCGGAGGCUGAGGCAGGAGAAUUGCUUGAACCUGGGAGGCGGAGGUUGUGGUGAGCCAAGAUUGUGCUAUUGCACUCCAGCCUGAGUGACAAGAGCAAGACUCCAUCUCGAAAAAAAAAAGAGAGAGAGAUAUAGAGAACAGAAUGGGGAGAAAGUACAAUUGUCCCCUGAAGAUUCCAGAAUCCAUUUUUUUUAAGAGAUGGGGGUCUUGCCAUGUUGCCCAGGCUGUUCUUGAACUCCUGAGCUCAAGCAAUCCUCCCACCUCAAAGAUCCUCCCACCUCUCAAAUCACUGUGAUUACAGGAGCAAGCCAAGGUUCCCAGCCCAGUGGCUCACACUAACACUUUGGGAUGUCAAGGCAGAUGGAUCAUUUGAGUUCAGGAGUUCCAGACCAGCCUGACCAACAUGCUGAAACCCUGUCUCUACUAAAGAAAUACAAAAAUUAGCCGGAUGUAGUGGUGGGCACAUGUAGUCCCAGCUACUUGGGAGGCUGAGGCAGGAGAAUCUCUUGAACCCAGGAGGCAGAGGUUGUAGUAAGCGGAGAUUGUGCCACCGCACUCCAGCCUGGGCGACAAGAGUGAGAUUCCAUCUCAAGAAAAAUAAAUAAAAUAAAAUGGUGUAAUAUUUGCAUAUAAUCUACACAUCCUCCCAUAUACUUCAAAUCUUCUCUCUGUUAAUUUAAUACCUAACACAAUA